AUGCGGGACCGUUUGCAGGACCUGACGGCGUGCAGGAAAAAUGAUGAUGGAGACAUAACUAUUGUUGUGGAAAAGGACCAUUUUAUGGAUGAUUUCUUCCAUCAGGUUGAGGAGAUUAGAAACAGUAUAGCUAAAAGAGCUCAAUAUGUUGAAGAUGUCAAGAAAAACCACAACAUCAUUCUUUCUGCACCAAAUGCAGAAGGAAAAAUAAAAGAAGAGCUUGAAGAUUUGAACAAAGAAAUCAAGAAAACUGCUAAUAAAGUUGGAGCCACGUUAAAGUCUAUUGAACAAAGUUUUGAUAAGGAUGAGAGUGGGAACCGGACUUCAGUGGAUCUUCGGAUACGACGAACCCAGCAUUCAGUACUAUCUCGCAAGUUUGUGGAAGUCACGACAGGAGAGAACGAAGCACAGACACUAUUUCGGGAGCGAAGCAAAGGACGUAUACAGCGUCAGCUAGAAAUAACUGCAAGGACCGCCACUGACGAGGAGCUGGAAGAGAUGCUGGAGAGCGGGAAGCCCUCCAUCUUCACGUCCGACAUUAUAUCAGAUUCACAGAUUACUAGACAAGCUCUCAAUGAAACUGAGUCUCGUCACAAAGACACUAUGAAGCUGGAGACCAGUAUCCGAGAGUUGCAUGAAAUGUGCAUGGAUAUGGCUAUGUUUGUUGAGACUCAGGGGGAAAUGAUCAACGACAUAGAAAAAAAUGUUAUGAAUGCCGCAGACUAUGUAGAACAGGCUCAAGAAGAAACUAAAAAAGCUAUUAAAUAUCAGAGCAAAGCAAGAAGGAAAAAGAUGGCAAAAAUGAUGAUCAUUAUUAUUUGUGUACUUAUUUUGCUUGUGAUCCUUGGAAUUAUCCUAGCAACAACAUUGUCAUAG